GUAUUAGCUUCUACCACACCACCCUCUCAAUUCUUACGGCCACUAAUCCCAUCGCCAUCAAGAUCAAGUGCUGUCGCCGUACAAUAAAAAAAAUAAAAUGAAGGAGCAAACUACGCGCGCCAUGUGGUGGAGAUCGCCGUCUUUCAUCCUCGACAAUCGGCAGCAGGCACAGCCAUACGACACCGCUCGAGGCGGCGCCCUCUCCAUUCCGCCACCUCCGUCCACUGCCAUGGCGGAUCCUAACCCUAACCCCAACCCCCUCACCGACAAAAUCUCCGCCUACUACCAGACCCGCGCCGCCCACCACGGCGUCGUCUCCAGCGACUGGCUCGCCCAGGCUCAGGCCGCCGUCGGCCACAUCCCCGACGUCGACGACGAUGCCGCUAAUAGCGACCAGGGAGCUCCUCCUGGCGAGCCCUUCAGCGUCAUCGACGAGUUCAACAACUGGCGCAAGCAGCCCGACUUGGCCGAGGCCGUCGCUGCUAUCAGGGCUCUCGCCGCCGUCAUUCGGAAUAGCCAGGCUACGACCAUGAUGGAGCUCGAGAUUGAGCUCAAGAAAGCCUCUGACUCCCUCAAGUCAUGGGACACGACAUCAAUCUCUUUAACUGCAGGAUGUGAUCUGUUCAUGCGAUAUGUAACCAGAACUUCAGCCUUGGAAUAUGAGGACUUCAAUUCGGCUAAAACCCGCUUGAUUGAACGUGCUGAGAAGUUUGGAGAGAUAUCCUACAAGGCACGUAAAAUCAUUGCGAUGCUUAGCCAAGAUUUCAUCUUUGAUGGUUGUACAAUCUUGGUACAUGGCUUCUCCAGAGUUGUGUUGGAAGUUCUGAAGAUGGCAGCUCAAAAUAAAAAACUUUUUCGAGUUUUCUGCACAGAGGGAAGGCCGGACAGAACAGGAUUAAGGUUGUCUAAUGAGCUAGCCAAGCUUGAUGUCCCAGUGAAGCUCCUUAUAGACUCUGCUGUAGCGUACUCCAUGGACGAGGUGGACAUGGUGUUUGUGGGAGCAGAUGGUGUGGUGGAAAGUGGAGGUAUAAUCAACAUGAUGGGGACGUAUCAGAUUGCCCUCGUGGCACACAGCAUGAACAAACCUGUUUACGUGGCAGCUGAAAGCUACAAGUUUGCUCGUCUGUAUCCCCUAGACCAGAAGGACUUGGGUCCUGCAUUACGCCCCAUAGAGUUUGGAGUUCCGAUCCCAUUGAAGGUAGAGGUUGAAACAUCUGCUCGGGAUUAUACGCCACCUCAGUAUCUUACUCUGUUGUUCACUGACCUUGGUGUGCUGACCCCAUCUGUAGUCAGUGAUGAACUGAUUCAGCUGUACUUAUAAGUGGUUGAUGAUUUAGGUAUUGUUCUGCUUGUAAGUGUCUGAUGAAAUGUGUUAAAAAGAAGUGCUGCUUACUCUGGAUUCUUACUGAUAAAAAGCUAUGAAUAGCGGGAGGUGACUGAAGUUGGAACUUGGAGGGAGGUAGUUCUUUCGCCUUCUGAAUAUUUUGACGGUCUGCAUAGGAAGGAAAUUUUGUGAUUCAUGGAAUGGCUGGAUGUGAAUUGUGAUUGGAGGAAGUGUAGAAUGAUGAAGGACGGUAAUGUUAGUCCAACUUUUAUAUGGUCUUCCAAUGCUUCCUAGGUUUGCUGAGAUUGAGAUUGGUUCAAAAACGUAAUUGUUUGAGAAGGAUGAAGUUCAUUUUGUAAAUUGCAAUGAACUCGAAACUUCUAUUCAAAUGAUGUCUUUACUAAUCAGGGUGAUGUUCUGCUAAAAAAAAAAAAUCA